UGAUCACAGACUACAGCAAACUCAAGUCUGCACAUUACAACCUCUCAAAAGCCUCCCCACAGAACAAACACUUCUGAAUUCUUCCCCAUAUUUUCGUCUAAAGGAUUUAGCAACAAAAAGAUAUGGCUAUUCGUCUGCCUGGUGUUGUCGCUGCUAAGAAAAUUCUCCGCCGCUCUCCUCUGACUUCAAAUAAAAUAGCUUCAAUGUCUUUAGAUGUACCAAAAGGCUUCUUUGCAGUUUAUGUUGGAGAAUCUGAAAAGAAGAGAUUUGUUGUUCCCCUAUCAUUCCUGAGCCAACCUUUGUUCCAAGAUUUACUAAGCAUUGCUGAAGAAGAGUUUGGUUUUAAUCAUCCAAUGGGUGGUUUGACAAUUCCCUGUCAUGAAGAUAUGUUCAUUGAUAUAACUUCUCGCUUGGAUAGACCCACAGCCAACUCAAGUCUUCACAUUUUCUUUCAAAGAAAACACCAAGGAAAGAAAAUGGCAAUUCGUCUGCCUGGUGCUGCUAAACAUAUCCUCCGCCGGUCUGCUCUGACUGCAAACAAAAGAUGUUCAACUUCUUUAGAUGUACCAAAGGGGUUCUUUCCGGUUUAUGUUGGAGAAUCCCAAAAGAAGAGAUUUCUGGUUCCUCUGUACUUCUUGAACCAACCUUUGUUUCAAGAUUUGCUAAGCAAAGCUGAAGCAGAGUUCGGUUAUGAUCAUCCAAUGGGAGCUGUCACAAUUCCAUGCCCUGAAGAUGCGUUCUUGGAUGUUACUUCUCGCUUGAAUUGAUCAUGAGAGAAGCCAACUACCAAAUUUUGUACAUCAAGAAAAGCUAAUUCAAUGUAAACAUUCAUUUUUUCCCUCUGUUUUUAACCAAAAAAGGAUUUUGUCAAGGGGAAGAAAAAUUUACCCCACGGAUGCAACACAAAUUGUUCCCUUUUCCAUAAUGGAGACAUACUUUAAUCUUUCCUCUCAA